AUGAUUCUUGAAACGAAGUCUCUCUACCUGACGCCGACCGACGACCUCGCGAUUGGGACUCUGGUGCUGUCGAUAAUCCUAUCUAUCCUCACCUUUUUUGCCGUCUCGCUACGAUGCUGGAUUCGUCUUCGGGAGGGGCUCUUCGGAGCCGACGAUUGGGCCAUGCUCGCGGGCAUGCUCACAUUCCAGGCCACUUGUAUUGUCACCGCGUACGGCUGUUUCAUUGGAGUAGGCACCCGCGAUGAGUUGAUCAACAUGGUGCAGUGGUCUGAAGGUCAUAAGUUUCUCCUCAUCUGGGAGUGUCUUUACUUCGUGGCCGCCAUGUUCGCCAAAUGCGCAAUCUCCUUAACCAUGCUACGUGUUGCGGCUAAACGAAGCCACAAGAUUGCACUCUGGACUGUCAUUGCCGUUGUGGUCAUGACGGGGUUGACGGGAGUGCUCGGCGGAAUGUUGGUCUGCCAGCCUAUAGAAAAGAACUGGGAUCACACAGCUACCCCUGAUGAGUGUGAUUACGACGCCGUGCUGGUCAUUGGGUUCGUGGUCACUGCGACAUCUAUUCUCACGGAUUUUGCCUGCGCCGGACUACCAAUCUUGGUCCUGUGGAAUAUGCAGAUGGACAGGAGGACUAAGGUCCUGACAUGGGUCAUGUUGACCCUUGGUGGCAGUGCCUCUUUGUCGACAAUCGUCCGAAUCCCUUACCUGAAGUACUGGGGUAUCGAUAAGGAUCAGCUCUAUAACAUCGCCAAUGUAAUAAUAUGGUCAAUGUUUGAAUGUGGGAUUGGAAUAAUCGCUGGCAGCAUGUCAAUGCUGCGGCGGUUUGUUCUCCGCCGGUUGCCUCGACGGAGACUCGACCAAGAGGAAAUGGCAACUCCGCAGCCACCCACACAUUCUCUAAUCACAAUCGGUGUGUUCGCUUCUGGGCAAAAAGCGAGGACCACAUCUUCUCAGUCUAACCCUGUAGAGAUGGGCACCGCCGUUGAUGUCAAUCGUGUGGACGCAUACGAAGAGCUCAGCGGCUCGUCGGCCGGGAAGCCCUCAAUCUCGGCGGAUCAAGGUGUUCGCGACGGCGUGGAAAUGACGGAUCUUGGCCACAAACGGCGCCAGGGGAGUGAUGCCACGGAUAAGAGGCCCCUAAGAGAAACGUUUUGA